GAUAAGCACAAAAUUGAAAUAUUAUAACAUCAUUUCUUUAAAAUACUAUAAGCUUCCUCUUCCGGUUGCUAUAAACAAAAUAAUAAUAAAUAACAGGCAUUAUUCGAGAAGACAAGCCAAUCAAGAAUAAAUCAAAAUUUUCAAACUGACGGGAAAUAUUUAAGUUUAUAUUUUUUAUAUACAGAUCAAAGAUUAUUUAAUUUUUUAUAAGUGCAAUAUUAAAUAACCAACUAGCAAAUAUGGAUGAAGUGGAUGUAGCUACAGUUGAUCAGUAUCAGACACUGGUGCGCUAUAAUAAUCCAGUGUUAGUAGUGAAACACCCUGACAAAAAGGGUGUACCAACUGAAAUUGAGUUAAAACGACCACUAACGGCUGGCGCUUUGUUGGACACCAAACGCGAAACUGAGGAGAUACUUAAUUCCAUAUUGCCCCCGCGCUGCUGGGAGGAGGAUGGGCAGUUAUGGCAACAAACGGUAUCAAGUACACCAGCCACUCGACAGGAUGUCAUCAACUUACAAGAGAUGCUGGACACACGUCUUCAACAAACGCAGGCUCGUGAGACGGGCAUUUGUCCCAUACGCCGAGAGUUGUAUACACAGUGCUUUGAUGAAAUAAUUCGUCAAGUCACCAUUAAUUGUUCAGAGCGUGGCCUGCUACUGUUACGUAUACGAGACGAAAUCGCCAUGUCUAUGGAGGCAUAUGAAACACUAUACUGCAGUUCGGUGGCAUUUGGUAUGCGUAAAGCAUUGCAGGCACACGAAGAGAAAGAAAUGCUGCGCGAUCGUGUCAAAACAUUGGAAACCGAAAAGGAAUCGCUCGAGGAGAUUAUCAACGACAUGAAGAUCAAGCAAGAGCAAGCAGAACGUCGUAAUGCAGAACUGCGCGCGUCAGAGGAGAAGAAAUAUGCCGAAGAGGUUGCAUUCCUCAAGAAGACCAACACACAAUUAAAGGCUCAACUGGAGGGCAUUACAGCGCCAAAGAAGUGAGGUACUGCAUUAACUUUUUAUAUUCGUGCAAUAUGGAAUGGAAUUUUGUAUAAUAAUUUUUUGU